GUCAUGUGCGCGCAAGUCUGUGGCGAAGUGAAAAUGUGAUGGAAUAGGACGAGUCAAAUCAAGAGUUUUCUCAAAUUAGCAAACGGUUGUUUAUCAUUGACAUCUACAUCAUUAGCUACUGUUCAGUAAGCAGAAGACUUCAGAAGAACCUGGGAGACGUAAGCUAGCUAGGUGCCACGAGAGCAGUGAAUUUGACAGUACAGUACCUGAUGUGGUAGUGGGAGAUGAGACAGUGAGAGUGAGCCUCUCCCUAGAUCCACAUCCCAUGAGAUGGGAGCCAACACAAGCCAGGUCAGUGACUUGUCAGAGAACCAGAGCCUCCGGACCCUGAUCGGCACAGAGUCCAUCUCAGAUAAUGACCCCUUCUGGAACCAGCUAAUCUCCUUCACAUUCAUCAGCCCCACUAGCAGGGACAUCACGUACAGUAUCCUGUUUGAGGCUGUGACCACCAUGCUGGUGCUGCUGUCCUACCAACUCUUUCACAAGGAGAUCCUGAGAGACGGACUCAUCUACCAGUACCUGAUGAAGGGGCGAUGUUUGUCCCUGACCAGUCAGUUGGUGAAGACUCUGCUGUAUAACUACAUCAGACAGGAGAAGUGUCCGCCUCCUGCCACACACCUUUUUGAACAGCAGUCUGACAGAGGAGGCCUGCUCUACGGACUUGCCUCGGGAGUAGCAAGUGGGUUGUGGAGUAUGUUCGCGCUGGGUGGAGCCGGCAGUAAGCCAGGAUUGGAACAGGAACAGAACCCUCUGCCACUGUCCAAUCAGAGCCUGUUAUUGCUUCUGGUGCUAGCCAAUCUGACAGAUGGACCCAACAACUGUCCCAACCCCUACAGACAGGCUGUCACAUGCUUCAAAAACACACAAGACAUGUCAUCCAUCCCUACAGAGCAGCACCAUAUGUUCCAGAUUAACUUCAACAGCCUUUACACAGCUCUGUGUGAGCAGCAGAGAUCCGACCAGGCUACACUGAUACUCUACACACUACUACAUCAGAACACCAACAUGAGGACAUACAUGCUGUCAUGCACAGACAUGGAGAACCUGGUGAUGCCCAUCCUCAAGAUCCUGUAUCACGUGGAAGACAGGAACUCUCAUCACGUCUACAUGGCCCUCAUCAUCCUCCUCAUCCUCACUGAGGAAGAUACCUUCAAUAGGUCCAUACAUGAGGUGGUAUUAAAAAACAUAACUUGGUAUUUAGAGCGUUCAUUAACAGAUCUCCCUGGGUAGUCUACUCAUCCUAGUGGUCAUACGCACCAUCCAGUUCAACAUGACACGGACCAGGGAUAAGUACCUUCACACCAACUGCCUGGCUGCCCUAGCCAAUAUGUCUGCCCAGUUCCGCUGCCUACACCAGUAUGCAGCCCAGCGCAUCAUCAGCCUGUUUGCACUGCUGUCCAAGAAGCACAACAAGAUUUUGGAGCAGGCUACCUAGUCUCUACGGGGCCUGCGGCGGGCAGACUA